GCGGCGGCGGGCGGCCAUGGUGGAGGGCCCGGGUUGCGCGCUGUACGGAGAGAGGCUGCGGGCCCGGGUGCGGCGGGGCCAGGCGGUGCGGAGGGCGCGGGGCAGCGCCGGAGCCGGCGGCGCGCAUAAAACAAUUCACCAGUAUAAAACUCUGCUGGGGUUUGUGAGACCUUCUGGUAGAAGAAGUUGGGAUGUCGGCUGCCACAAGUGCAGAUAGAAGCUCUGGUCACGAUUCCCUUGUUGGACAUGUUUACAGGGGCGUGGAGACGUUGGGAAAGGAACUUUUUAUGUAUUUUGAUCAGAAGGCUUUGAGGAUUCACUUCGGUAUGAACGGUUCCAUGCGCAUUAAUCCUGAUGGAAGCAAAGACAGGAAUGGAGCGCUACCAGCGUUGGAGAUACAGCUUACAGAGGAUACUGUUUGUUUUUUCGAGGUGACGGUAGAAUACAGAAAUGCAGCUGAGAGUGAGCGGAAAGUGAGAAUGAUGGAGAGCUUGGACGUCUGCUCUCCGAAGUUUAGCUUCUUACGAGCAGAAAGCGAGAUCAAGCAGCAGAAAACCCGCAUGUUGUGUGAUGUGUUACUGGAUCAAGGAGUAUUACCUGGAGUGGGAAAUAUCAUAAAAAAUGAAGCACUGUUUGACAGUGGCCUUCAUCCAGCUGUUAAGGUUUGCCAACUGACAGAUGAGCAUAUACGUCACUUGGUGAAAAUGACACGUGAUUUUACCCUGCUUUUUUAUAAGUGCCGCAAAACUGGGUCUGCGCUCUACAAACACUACAAAGUCUACAAGCGCCCGAGCUGCGGCCAGUGCGGCGGGAAGAUCACUGUGUGUCGUUUAGGAGAGAACAGCAGGAUGACUUACUUCUGCUCGCGGUGCCAAAAGGCGGAUCCCCAGCUUGUCCACACGAGCAAACUGCCAACUAGAAAUAGCCUAAUUGGCUGGGCAUAUGGCAGGGGGUCAUGUUCUAAUGAACACGUCGCUGAGAAAGCCGAAGAGGAGUGGACGUGUGUGCGCUGUACCCUAAUAAACAAGCCUUCUGCUGAAAUCUGUGAUGCCUGUUUGACUUCGAGGCCUGAAGUUCCAAAGACAGAGAAUGUUGAAGAUUCUGCAGCCUUUAACGCAAAUUUAAUGAAGUAUCCUUGUAAUGAUUUCGGAAAACCAAGCACGGAAAUAAAGAUCAAUAGGAAAGCGGCAUUUGGAACUACAACUCUUGUCUUAACAGACCUCGGUAACGUAGCUGAUGGGAGAAACGAUACCCAAAUACCCGACGGACGCUCUCAGUGGGUUGCCCCAAAAAGCAAUCCCAGUCCAAUCCAAGUUUGCCGGCCCGGGGCAGGCAGAGACAAGGAUUGUUCAGUGGCUUUGUCCUCCUCGCAGCAACCUCCCGCUUUCAGACACAUCCAGAAGAAACAGAAAACGGAUCAUGUACCUUCUGUUCACCAAUAUAAUACAGCAAUCAGCACACCCGGAGCCCAUACGGCAGCCGCCGCUGGCGCGUCGAGCGCGGCCCACCCUCGCUGCAGCAGCCACGGCCGCCCCUGCAGCCUGCGAGUUGUGAGGAAGGAGGGAGAGAACAAGGGCAGGCGGUUCUACACCUGCCCCCUGCCCAGGGAAACGCGCUGUCACCACUUCCAGUGGGCUGACCUGAAUUUCCCCUUUUGCAACCACGGCAAGCGCUGCGUUAUGAAGAGCGUGUUGAAGAUGGGGCCCAAUAACGGCAAGAACUUUUUUGUGUGCCCCCUUGGGCAGGAGAAAGCGUGUGGCUUCUUCCAGUGGGCAGAAAGCGGGCCGGGUACGCACCUCAUCCCUUGAGCUCCAUGUCCCGGUUCUCUGCUCCUCAGGACCUCCUUAAGUGCCUACGACUUUCCCGGUCAUUUCUGGCUUGUUUUGUCUUUUUCCCUGUUCGCUCGUUAAUUAUUAAAAUCGUUCCAACCCCACAAAGGAGAUUUGUAAAGAGUAAUUUUACAUAUUCCUAUAAAAAUAGUCCUAUAAAAAUUGAAUACUGCUUGUAUGCUGCACACUCUUUUGAAAUAAACAUCCAGCUUGCAAUAUAUUGUGACAUAAUGUUGUAUUUCUAAUAAAAAAACUGGAACCGUUUUCUUUUUCUCAUGUAAAUGUCACUGAGGUUUGGCAGCACUGCGUACUUUCAAACAUCCGUGAUUUAUAGAACGGAUAACGAUCUAAAUUAGUAUUUUAAAUUGUUAAGACUUUUUUAUAAGUGUAAACGUGUAUUUAAUAAAAGUGAAUGAAAA